ACGAUUCACGUCCGUUAUGACAGACAGAGCUCUUAUCAAAACAAAAAUAGAGUACUCGAUUUGACUACAAAGGUCGCCGAAAUCACGGCGAUUUCGAAUCGGCGUGUUAUAACGACCUUUAUCAGCCUCGUCUGAGCACGAUGCAGAUGCAGAGCUGAAUACAGUUGGCGCGAACGACCAUCGUUCGGUUUUUGGUGUCAAGGCGUUCAAGGAGGCUUCACCUUCGUAUUUACCGUGGAACGUUAAUUCAUUCAUCCGUGCAUCGCCCCGAGUGAAAUAAUCUAGAACGGACCCUCGUCAGUAACCCUCGCGAAAUGUUUCCUCGAGACGAGAUGUGUAAAAUAGUGCGCGUGUGCACGCAAGUGCAACAAAUUGCAUAAUGAAUACUCAUUAUGCGUUUCGAUAAAAUUAGCUACUUUUUAGUUUUUAUCGAAACGCUUUAGAAUCGUGAAAUUACGGGACGAGAAGCAACAAAUCGUAAGUGCGUUCUGUAAUUUCAUUGUCCGAGGAGAAUCGCGUUAUCUCUCAGUGAAAUAGAAAACCUUCGUGGGAUAAGAUCUAUAAAGCGCUGAACGGAUUUGCCGAGGGUAACGACCCCCUGGCGAUGACCUUUCUAGGCAUCACGUAGGAGUGCGACGAAAGCGGCUUAUCUCCACGAGGAACCAUGUGGUAGAAGCGAUGCCGCAGGCGCGACACACAUUCGAGGAAAAUCCAUCCGGCAUGCCGUAUCGAACGCUAUAUUCAUCAAGGUGACCUUCACUGACUCCAUCGCAGAAUCCAAGGACGUAGAAGCAAGAUUCACGUUUACCAAUUUUUUCUCGAUAUCGAGAAUCAAAAUCAAGCGGAUGACAGAGCCAGUGUCAAGCAGAAACAGCAGACCGUGACCUUUAUCUCACAAUCAGCUUAAAGAUCUCGCAAUCUACGGUCUGGCGAACGUCUGCGAGCGAUUAAUCGGUCGAUCGAUCGGCGCGACGUGACGUUCGAUCGCGGUCGCAAUUCGCACCUCUCACGAGCAACUAGAAAUGUGAACAACACGCAGUGCAGCCAACACCGAGACGGUACCGCGAUGGGAAUUCUCUGCGAACCUUUAUGCGCCGAAAAGGGGAUACACUCGCUAGCAUGCGAAUCUCUUCAUGCAGGCAAGGAGGCGGUAUUCUCGGCGCAUUGGGAAGCGACUCGGCUCGUGUUCAAGGCCUCAAAGAUCAAGACAUCCUCGGAGCAAAUCGAUUCGCUCUACUGGGUGGACACGACCGGUUUGCUACACUUCCCGUCCGAGGAGGACUUCAUCAUCAUGAUCAAGGACUUGGUUAUCAAUAAAUUAAACGUGACUCUCGCGCGACAUCAGUUGGAGAGACUCGCCCGAUUACGGACACAUCGGAUAGAGACCGAGGCGACGAGACGUCGGCUAGAGAUAGGGAAUCUCUGGCCGUUGCUACAGGAGAAUGAAUAUCUGAUGAUGAUUUUGUACGAGGAUAGGGACGUGUUUCCGCAACUGAUUGGCACGUGCGGCACUUUUUAUGCGGUCGAAUAUGUCAGACCGAUCGAGACACCCACGACAGUGCUAGCCCUGUCCGAUUCGAAACCCGAGUGGGCCAAGAGGCUGAAGCUCGCCGUGAUGAUCCUCAAUCUGCUCGAGGAACUCGAAACGGAAUUCCCCGAACCACUUUAUCUUUGCGAUAUUAAGAUCAAUCACUUCGGCUUACCUCUAGGCGGACAAAAGUUAAAGUUUUUGGAUCUAGACGCGAUCUUCCCGAAAAGUGUCAUCAAUCGCGUCACCGCUAACGGUAAAAGCUGCGAGAAGCACGAGGACUGUGAUUUCUUUGAUUGCCGGUCAGUAUGCUCGAAGAAUAAGCGUUGUGAAGCGCCGGUUCUCAAUAAUAAUUUACAGAUUAUCUGCGAGAAGAUCUUUCUCGGCUGGACGGUUUCGGGAACGGUAAUCAUUCCUGGAUUGCUAAUGUCGGAGCACACCACCAGCACACUGGCUGUGUUAUUGAGACAAUGCGCUAAUCCAGACGGCGAUACGACGCAUUUACCGCGCGCGGCAGCGACCGACAGCUUGAAGAAACGACUUUACAAUAUGCUGAGUGAAAUGGAACAAGAGUACGCGGCCUUUGUGUAAGAAAGAAAACUGAGAAAGACGAUACAUUCGGAAUUAAGAAAAAGACGGACAAUGAUAAAAACGUAACGUUGUGAAUUUACGUUUGGAUGAAAUAUAGAAUGUAAUUUUUGUCGUACCAUUGAAACCACGCAUAACGCCUGUAUUUAUUUAGUUUAGCCUGUAUUUAUUUAGUUAAGGGAGUAAUAUUAAUACUUACAAUCGCAUACUUUUACAAUACGGAUUUAACAAUCAGACUUAACUUUUGUUUUACACUGCAGAAGUAGCGAAGGAAAGUCUAACAGAGAGGCUAGUGAUACCAAUAAAGAUUAUUUAUAAAUAAGAGAAUUUAAAUAUUUAUCUUAUUGUUAGUUGUAGAAAUAUUAUUGUCAUAAGAUCGUGAAACACAUAAAUGGAUCUCUCGGAAAUUGAAUGCUAAGAAUCCGAAAGAUAUUCUGACAUGAAAUUUAUGCACUUAAUUAGAAGAUAAAGAACAACCCAUUUCUAGAAGAGAUUCUUACGUAUGAAUAGAUAAAUGAACCUAUAAUUAAUUAUAGGCAUUAUUAUUGUUCGUUAUACACGUUUAGUACUAGCGGAGUCACGCGAUACACUUACGUGAAAAAGAGAGUGCCUAUUAUAUUACUUUAUAUUACAUUUCUUUUAAUCUUAAGCUUACGUAAUAAAAAUCAGUCAAAGUGCCAUUAUAAAUUUUAAAUAAAGAACAAAAGUGAA